GUCUGUGUUGACACUUGGUCGCUGAUGCUGUCAUGACCCUGCGUGCGAUUGCGCUUGUCACUGUUCACACGACAAGGAAGCAGCCGAAACAUUGCGUUUUUGAUGGCAGAUUUGGAGAGGAGACGUAAGAUAGAGAGGCUAGUCGCUUUGUUUCGGUCCACCGCUUGUGCUUGACGGCAGCGGCCCGUCGGUUGUCCAUGAAGGCUGGGGGCUGGAUUUACAUCGUCGCAGGGAUGUGCUGAACACAAGAAGAUGAAAGGAGAAAGAGGAGGAGAGAGAUGGAGUGAUCCGUUCCUCAGCUGGGGCUUAUUUUAAUGCCAUCAUUUUGAAGACGCUGGUCUAUGGUCAGAAGGUGAUGGCAGUGCCCACUGAGCUUCACCACUACUUCCAGCCGUUCUUACUGAUGGACCGCCUCCUGCACGCCUGAGCUCUCUCAACGCUGCCUCCCUCCCCCUCCUUCCUCCUGCCUCUCCGCCAUCAUUCCCCUCGUCAUCCUGCCUCCACUCACUUUCCCCUGCUCCCAUUCACUUUCCUUGUGCGAGGCCUCACACUUGUGUAUUAUGGCGUGUUGUGGACGUUCCCUGGACUCACCGUGCACAUUGGCCAUGCUGAUGGGCUUCCAGUUUGCCUUUGUGCUCUACUUCUCCCUGGGGGGCUUCAAAGGCUUGGUGUCUGUCCUGGUUCACACCACAGAGCCAGAAUUUGAUUACUCACGACCACAUGACGUGUACACCAACCUCAGUCAUCUGGGUGCACCCCCUCCCCCACCGCAUAACUCUGGCACCGGGCCCCCCGCCACUGGACAACCACUGAGAGACUGCCAGAUCCCCUCACCGCUGCUGGUGGGACCGGUGUCCGUUCAACUGUACUCACCUCUGUCUCUGGAGGAAAUCAGACAGAGAAACCCUUUAGUGACACCAGGCGGACGCUACAGACCUCCAGACUGUGAACCCCGUCAUCACACUGCCAUCGUGGUUCCGUACCGGAACCGUCAGACACACCUCCGCGCCCUCCUUUAUCACCUCCACCCUUUCCUUCAGCGACAGCAGAUUCAUUACAGCAUCUAUAUCGUGCAGCAGUGGGGCAACGGCACUUUUAACCGAGCCAAGCUGCUGAACGUCGGCGUGCGUGAAGCUCUCAGAGAUGAAGACUGGAGCUGCAUCUUCCUCCACGACGUCGACCUCUUACCUGAGAAUGACCACAACACCUACAGCUGUAACAAGCAGUUUCCCACCCACCUGUCUGUGGCCAUGGACAAGUUCAGAUACAGGCUCCCAUAUCCGCAGUACUUUGGCGGCGUUUCCGCGGUCACACCGGAUCAGUAUAUGAAGAUGAACGGCUUCCCGAACCAGUACUGGGGAUGGGGUGGAGAAGACGAUGACAUUGCUGCCAGAGUGCGUCUCUCUGGCAUGAAGAUAGUGCGCCCUCCAGUGGCCAUCGGCCAUUAUAAAAUGAUCAAGCACCGUGGAGACAGAGGCAACGAGCAAAAUCCACGCAGAUUUGACCUUUUGAAAAGGACCCGGCUCAACUGGCGGUCAGACGGCCUCAACUCCCUGACGUAUGAGCUGCUUUCCAAAGAGCUGGAGCCGCUCUACGUCAACCUGACCGUCAACAUUGGAGAAGACCCUCGCCUGCCUAGAGGGAAAACUGGCCUGAGAAUGGCGCCCCCUGUCCACCAAAACUCUGCCCACAAGACUGAAGCGAAGCAGGACUCUACAAGAAGCGUGAGUGUGAAGUCAGAAGUGAAAAAUAGUACUUUGUCAAAACCUCGAGAGGUGAGAUUGGACAAGACCGACGACCCGAACCAAACGACGCUGGAGAAAACCGCUGUGACACAGUAGAGUGGGCGGAGCCGAGCGUUUCUCCUGAUGCUGCACCAGCUUUGGGGCUCGAACAGGACAUAGAAAUGUAAAGAAGCUUCAAAACCUCUAGCGUCUCAUCUGCUGACCUGCAGCUUCUGCUCCACUACUGUGGGUCCGUUGUGGGCUUGUAUUUCUGUGCCUUUUUUAUUACUGUGUAUUCAACAAACUAGUAUAGUCGCUUGUGGGUUGAACUUUCUUUCCUCCAAAUGUUUCAGGAGUGCGGGUCGUAUGGAACAAACAUGCUUGUUAGUCAGUUCUAGAGUUUAUAUAUCUGUUGACAUUUAAAAAUUUGAUUUUCUUCAUUUGGUUUCUGUGUGGUGCCCGUCUGGGUUUGUAGACAAUCAAAUCAAAGCAAAUAUUAAUUCUUUUAACAGUAAACAGUGGUGUAAGGGGAUCAAAUCCAUCCGUUUAGAUGACAGUAAAUACAUGACUUUUAUUACCAGCAUUACUUCACUUAGUAGUUUCCUUUGUCAUAUCAUGUUUCUGUGCCAAACUAUGAUGUGUUUUCUAUCCCACGAGAAGAACUGUUAUCCAUGUGAAUACACAAGUAGCAUUUAGCAGGGGCUGUGUUUUGUGUCUGCAUUUAUAUUUCCUUAUCGUCAUUAUGGACUGAGCUGCUGCAACAGACACAUAUAAGACUAAAUAUUUAACGUUUCAAAACGCGGCAGCAAUGGAACCCUUCAAAUCAAGUAUCUUGGCCUCAUAUUUUGGAGCGACAACUCAGAAUUAUAAAUCCUGCUAGUCUGUUUCACGUUUAUUGUGGUCAUCAUCAACAGAUAUUAACAAAAACUCACUGCUCAUUGCAAAGCAUUUCAUUUGUGUAUUUUUAACAAAUUAAUCACUACUUUGUCAUGAAUAAUGACACAUUUUAAAAGCACAUAAUCGCUAGUUAAAAUAUAGUUAAACUGAGACAUCAUUACACUGGUAGAAGUCACUCCCAUAAUGCACUGCAAGUCACGUUUUUAUUUCAAAAAUGUUCAUUCUGUUUAAAUCAAGACGUUUUUCUUACUUGUUUCUGCUUGCGGUAUGUUGUGGAGUCUGUCAUAUGUGUCAAACCUCCUCACCAUUCUUGUUUACAUCACGUGGACAGCUAAUGUAUGAUCGCUGAAUGUAUUUCUGAAGUCAUGGUGUUCUCCCUUUACGUCUGCGCUGCAUUUGUGUGACGUCAACACUGUGCCUCAUGACAGAACCCUAUUCAGGAUUGAUACUACUGACGCCAUCCAGUGGUCGAGUCGGGUAUCACUUCAGUUCGGAGGCUCCACAGUCUGAAUGAAACUGCAGUGCUGUGACUUGAAUGUUAAUUAUUAUUGUCUGCCAUUCACAGCUUUCAGCCAAUCAAACUGUUGCAGUAUUUUUUUUGUUCUUCUGCGUCAACUCUAUGGAUCCUUAAAGAUACAGACACCAUCUAGUGGUUUGCUAAACCAAAUGUAUGGAUUUAGUUUUAUAAUAACGAUUAUUUAUUGAGAUUAUAAUCGCUCUUUUAACGCGUGCUGUAUUGAUUGUGUUAGCAUAAACAUUGCCUAGCUCUAUUUCACAGUGAGUUAGGAAUCACCAUUGAUAAUGCCUGUAUACAUGACACGAGAUGCUGACAAACUGAAAGCUUUUAAGGAUGUAAUGUAAUCUCAGCAGAUUAAUCAGCAAAUUGUGAUCUUACCUGGAGAUUGUUCUAUAUUUAAUAAAUAGGAUAGUUUUAUAUGAGAUGAUUCAUAUACUGUGUAUGUCGGAAUUAUACAUGUAAUGGAAUGCAAUUUCUUAUCAGAUGAGGUUUGUUUGGAAAUGCUUGCUAACUUGAAGUAGCCUGGAUUAUUUUAACAGCUUUAUUGUGGCGACAAUAACAGGAUCAUGUCUAUUUACUGAUCGUAACAAUAACUAGGGUUGAACAAAGGUGUGCUGCUCAUGUGUGCAGGAGGCGGUUGGGUUGCUUUGAUGGACAGUCUUAUAAUCGACCGCAAAUAUGUGAUUCAAUAAACAACAUCAA